AUGCAGGCAGUUGAAGUUGUGGAGAACCAUUCACUACUAUCCCUUCAAAACCAUACUCAGAAUCCAGAUUCCAUACCAUUUUACCCAACUCGGAUUUUCUCCAUGUCUCAUAUCCAUGAUUUUUCGUCGAACGGCUCUUCUCUUAACAAUGACACUGUUUUUGAUGAAGCAACUGCUGCCGGAGAGCAAGGCCUUACCUAUGAGAAAAGGAUCAAGAGAAUGAUUUCCAACAGGGAAUCUGCACGAAGGUCACGAAUGCGGAAAAAGAAGCAGAUUGAAGAGCUGCAGCAUCAGGUGGACCAGCUUCACAUCACAAAUCGUCAGCUCUCCGAGAAGCUCAUUCAACUGUUGGAGGGAAAUCAACAUGUUCUCCAGGAGAACGCUCAACUGAAAGAAAGAGUUUCGUCACUUCAAGUCAUCCUUUCAGAUCUGAUAUCCCCUCUGCAGCGAAAUGUAGAAAUGCCACCACCGACGCCCAAAUCGACUUAG